AGAGUAGCAUGCCCACUCAUAAAACCCAUUCGUUUAAUGCCCUAUAAAACGACGUCGGAUGACCGUUUCCUUUCGUGUUGGCGAAGACAGUGUGAGACAGGGAUCUUCAAGCACUAAAAAGCAAAGCCCAAGCCAAGUUCAUCCUUGCUCAAAUUCUUGCCCUUGAUUUCUCUCUGUAUCUUCACUGGCCAUGACGAAGCAGAACGCCAGGUGGUCUCCAUACGACAACAAUGGAGGUACUUGUGUUGCGAUUGCCGGAGCCGAUUACUGUGUUAUCGCAGCCGAUACUCGAAUGUCGACUGGUUACAACAUCCUCACUCGCGAUUACUCCAAAAUCUGUAAACUGGCAGACAAAUGUGUGAUGGCCUCCUCUGGUUUUCAAGCUGAUGUGAAAGCCUUACAAAAGCAAUUGGCAGCAAGGCAUUUGAUUUAUCAGCACCAACACAACAAACAAGUGAGCUGCCCUGCAAUGGCUCAACUACUCUCCAAUACCCUUUACUACAAACGCUUCUUUCCUUAUUAUUCGUUUAAUGUUUUGGGUGGCCUUGACAAUGAAGGUAAGGGUUGUGUCUACACAUAUGAUGCUGUUGGUUCCUAUGAGAGGGUUGGAUAUAGCUCCCAAGGUUCUGGUGCCACACUAAUCAUGCCAUUUCUGGAUAACCAACUAAAAUCUCCCAGUCCUCUUUUAUUGCCUGCCCAGGAUGCUGUUACUCCACUUUCAGAAUCUGAAGCAGUUGAUUUGGUCAAAACUUGUUUUGCAUCAGCAACUGAGAGAGAUAUAUACACUGGAGACAAGCUGGAAAUUGUUGUCCUUAAUCAAGAAGGUCUUCACCGUGAAUACAUGGAACUGAGGAAGGAUUAGUCUCUAUUCAGAAUUACAGCACCAGUUUAACUGUAGUGGAAUGCUGGAACAUGAUAUUAUGUUUAAAACGUUUUUUAUAUUCCCUGUCAUCGUGGUUUUUCCUUUUAAUGAAUCCAGUUUGCAGGAUGUAUUUCCAUUGUAGUGGAUUUACAUUGAUGUCUGGAAGAGACACGGGUAUGUAUCUACGGUUUAUGAUUGCCAUUAAUGAUUAUAUUGCUCUUUGGUUUCAAA